UCUCAGACAUAAAGUGGGGUUAUUUCGAAAUGCACUUUGUGGUAAAGUUGUGAAAACCCAGUGUUUCAUUGUGAAACCUGCUGGUGAGCCACCUUUCUGUCACGAACAUAUAAAAAUCUUCUAUUCAACACAGAAAUAUAUCUUAUGCUUUAAGGUUCAUUUUGGACACGAAAUGAAACCUUAACAACGUGCUCAGAAUAGUACUGUGAGUUUUACUUACAAAUUAGCCCACCACAGGUCUCUAGAUAAAACACUAUGACUGCAUUUUCACUCUGAGAACAAAACGAAUGAUCUCAGAUGUCAGUGUAGUUGCUGUAGUAAAUGAUGGGCGCAGGGAAAACCCCUUUUAGGAUUAGUUUUCACAGUGGUGCUUCCCAGAAAAAGUGACCAAUGUAAUUAUGAUGCCGAGUUGUAGGAGGAUCUCUUAAAUUAUCAUGGAAAAAACAGGACAGACUUGGAGCCAUGCAGUUUUGAGGAGGGCCUGUGUCAUUGAGGCUAGUGUGUCACUUAUGGAGGGCAAAUAGAUUUGAAAAGCAAUCAGUUAAAGAUCGGGAUCAGAAGCCGGAGCUUUGACUCGUAUCUGAUCAUGACAGCCAGUAGUUUAAUUCAGGUUUAGCAGUACAGAGGGGCUUUAAUUUACAAUGAAUCACUUUUAAUAGACAAACUCAUGAAAAAUAGGAGUUACAUUACUGUUCCUAAAAUGUUCCCUUAGGAAUUGUGUAUAGUCAUUUAGAGAUAUUGUUGCUUUAUCCUUUACCAUUAUGUUAAUUUAGGUUAUGUUGUAAAUAAACAGGCCGGACCUGUGGUUAGCCUUUAGCAGUCACUGGAGUUGAAUUCGGCUCACUGAGAGGGUCCAGAGUAAAGAAAAUAAUAAAAAGUACACAAAAACUCUCUACUAUGAAGUAUGCUGAAAUCAGUAUGCAAUAGUCCGUCUGAUUCUUAGAAUAAAAAAAAACAAGAAAUACCUGGAUGGUCAACAGCUUCCACCAAUGGAUACUUUAUCUAUGCAUUACAUACUAUCAUGGUACCCUACACGAUUUUGGAUGCAGGGAAUGUAAUAUAAUAACAAAAUUCCAUAGAUAAGGCACAAAUAAAAUAUUGGGUUUGGGAAAUACCAAAUAGCUACACAUAAAGUGAGUUUUAAAAUGGUUUGUGUUUGGUCCUGAUUUUUUUUAAGAUUGCCAUGUAAUAUCACAAAAUCUGUACAGUUACAUCCACAGUUAUACAAAUGAGGUCAUAUGUCAUAGAGUAUUUUAUAUAUUUAUAAUAUGUAUUCAAUUUAAUAUUUCAAGUUGUUUUGUAAGCCCUACUGUCUAAUAAAUUGAUUGCUAUGAUUUCCAUUACUGGCAUAUUAUUUACAUUUGAUCAUUUUAGUUCAAAUGAAUUACUGAAUUAAUAUUGUGAUUGCAUUGUAGGAUUUGUUCUCCAGCCAGUUUCUCUCCCCGUUGUAAGUUCUCAUUUGCAUCUAUUUUACUGUUUAUGUCUUUUAAAUAUUGCAUAUUUUAUUAUUAACAUAUAAACAUAACAAUAGCCGCUCGUUCUCGUUAUUCAUUUAAAUGAAUUUCCCGCAAAAUAACGUCAUGAACAAACCUUGAAACAGCUUCCGCUUACUUUUGCCCUUUCACCUUAUGACGUAGCCGGAAGUGUUACACGCAGGAAUUGAAAACACGGAGCAGAAGAGAACUGUCGACUCGAUCAUGGAUACGUUAAUACUGGAACCAUCUCUUUAUACUGUGAAAGCUGUCCUGAUCAUGGACAACGACGGAGAGCGACUCUAUGCUAAGUAUUAUGAUGACACGUAUCCCACAGCGAAAGAGCAGAAAGCUUUUGAGAAAAACAUCUUCAACAAAACACACAGAACAGACAGUGAAAUAGCUUUGUUGGAAGGUCUAACCGUUGUAUAUAAGAGCAAUAUUGAUUUAUAUUUCUACGUCAUUGGCAGCUCUCAUGAAAAUGAGCUGAUGCUCAUGUCAGUGCUGAAUUGUCUCUUUGAUUCUCUCAGUCAAAUGUUGAGGAAAAAUGUGGAAAAGAGAACCUUGCUUGAAAAUAUGGAGGGUCUUUUCUUGGCUGUUGAUGAGAUUGUCGAUGGCGGAGUGAUCCUUGAAAGUGACCCUCAGCAGGUGGUACACCGCGUCGCUUUGAGGGGCGACGAUGUACCUCUGACAGAACAGACAGUCACUCAGGUGCUACAGUCGGCUAAGGAGCAGAUCAAAUGGUCUCUUCUCCGAUAAGAUGACAUGAGAUCAGACACAUUCACUUUUCAUCGCUCCUCUGCCCUGUUUUCUUGAACGAUUUCUUGUUAAAGUCCACGUCCACUGAAAACGACUUUUAGCGUUUCUCUUUCGUGAAGAUAAGACCAGGAACAUCUCCAUUUCAAAAGAAUUUCCGAGGCAAGAACCUAGGAAAAUUGCCUUGGCGGGACUUUCUCUUUAGGGAAAAGUACCAGGGCGUGUUUUUUUUAAAUCCCAUUCCAGUAAGCAAUGAAUAUACAGAUGGUUUUGUGAAUGAUAUCACUGUUGUACUGCAAGAAUUUCAUUACGUUUCUGUACAUUCCAGUGGUUGUUGUUGUGUCCUUUUCCACCCUCUAACCCUUGUUUUGAUUGAAGUAAAGAAAACCGUUUCAUCUA